AUGGGUGCCUUCCGACCAGGGAAAGCGAGAUCGCUCGUGCUGGCGACGCUCACCUUGAUCUUGGUAUGCACUGUCUACUUUUACUGGUCGCCAACCACCGCAUCCUCCACCGUCUCCUUAGUACCCAACACAGCAUUCGAAGUGCCUCUCACUGAGCGCCAGAAGGAUUUCUGGAAAGUCCUUCGACCUAUCAUCGAGCGCCAUAACCCGAAUGUCCCCGCUCCGGAAAAACGAGGAGAUAUCGAAGCUCAACACUUUGACCCCACGAAGGAUAUGCCGAGGCCCGACCUGACGGGGAUGAGCGAUGAAGAUGUACGCAAGAUGGAAGAAGCGCAUGCGGCUUUCAUCGAGGAUGUCAAAACUUCGGAGAAGACACUGAAGCCAAUUCAUACCAAAGGGAAACGGGGAUUGGUAUCAACGGCCGGUUCCACAUAUCUCCCUGUCUUUGUCUCAUCGCUGCGGAUGCUACGCCGUGCGGGGUCAACGCUGCCUGUUGAACUAUACAUGAAGGACGCUACCGAACAUGAGAAACAGGUCUGCAAGGAUGUACUUCCCAAACUUGAUGCGCAAUGCUUGCUGCUGUCAGAUGUGGUGGGUAAGAAUAUCAUCGAGCACUAUCAGCUCAAGAUCUUCGCGGUACUUUUCUCCUCGUUUGAGGAGAUUGUCUGGAUGGAUGCCGACUGCUUCCCUCUCGGGAAGCCGGAGGAUUUGCUGGACUCGGAACCAUUCAAAUCCAACGGGUUAGUCACAUGGCCCGACUUUUGGGCGUCCUCCGCAUCUCCGUUGUACUACAGAAUUUCACGCCAAGAGGCUCCUUCUAUGGCUGCCAGACAGUCAUCAGAAACCGGUGCAUUUUUGGUCUCUAAGAAGACGCACUCGCUGGCUCUCUUAGUGGCGGCGUAUUAUAAUUUCUACGGCCCGUCACACUAUUUCCGCUUGCUAAGCCAGGGAGGCCCUGGCGAGGGAGACAAGGAAACCUUUAUUCAUGCUGCCAUGGCUGUAGGUGCGCCUUUCUAUACCGUCAGUGAGAGGGUGCAAGCCAUCGGACAUGCAAAUGCAGGUGGGCUGUCUGGAUCAGCUAUGGCACAGUCUGACCCCCGCGAGGACUACGCCUUGAUCCAGCAGGAUAAAUGGCGAGUCAAGGAUGAGGCUGUUGCACCAGCGCCUCAUAUCUUCUUCAUUCAUGCCAACUAUCCCAAGUUCAAUCCCGGAGACCGGAUCUUCGGCAUGGGCUGGGAAACAACCCCUACCUUGAAGGAGGACGGCUCCGAUGGACGCGCCUGGACGGCGCCCCCAGAGACCAUCCGGCGCUUUGGAUAUGAUGUCGAGAAGGCUUACUGGGAGGAGAUCAAAUGGGUGAGCUGCAAUCUGGAAACGGCGUUCAAGACCUGGGAGAACAAAGUGGGCCUUUGCCAGAGAGUCGAGGAAUACUGGAGCCAUGUCUUCGCUGAGCCGCAUGAUGAUGACCCCAAGUUUGUUCUGGAGGCCUGA